GAUCCUUAUAUAAAUAGAACAGAUCAGCAUAACUUUGGGAUAAAAUUAGCCAACAGUUUGUGGACUCUUCAGUCUGUGUCUGUUUGCUGGGUGCUGCUCUCCUGAUAAAUCUCAGCAAGGCUUUCCGAGGGAGCAGAGGAUGGAAGGCAACACUGCCCCUAUCACUAAAUCCGGAGCUGCCAAGUUAGUUAAGAGAAAAUUCCUGGAGGCACUAAAGUCAAAUGAUUUUGGAAAAUUGAAGGCUAUUUUAAUUCAAAGGCUAAUAGAUGUGGACACAGUUUUCGAAGUUGAAGAUGAGAAUAUGGUUUUGGCGUCUUACAAACAAGGUUAUUGGUUGCCUAGUUACAAAUUAAAGUCUUCCUGGGCAACAGGCUUGCACAUCUCAGUCUUGUUUGGCCACGUGGAAUGUCUCCUGGUGCUUCUGGACCACAAUGCUACAAUCAACUGUAGACCCAAUGGGAAGACUCCUCUCCACGUGGCUUGCGAAAUGGCCAACCUAGACUGCGUGAAGAUCCUCUGUGACCGUGGUGCAAAGCUCAAUUGCUAUUCUCUGAGCGGGCACACAGCUUUGCACUUUUGUACCACACCAAGCUCCAUUCUCUGUGCUAAGCAGCUGGUGUGGAAAGGCGCCAACGUGAACAUGAAGACCAACAACCAGGACGAGGAGACGCCCUUGCACACGGCCGCCCACUUCGGCCUUUCGGAGCUGGUGGCCUUCUACGUGGAGCACGGCGCGGUGGUGGACAGCGUGAACGCCCACAUGGAGACCCCGCUGGCCGUGGCCGCCUACUGGUCCCUCCGCUUCAAGGAGCAGGAGUACAGCAGGGAGCAUCACCUCAUCUGCCGCACGCUGCUGGACCACCACGCCGAGGUCAACGCCCGCGACGACGACUUCAAGUCUCCGCUGCACAAGGCGGCCUGGAACUGCGACCACGUGCUCAUGCACAUGAUGCUGGAGGCGGGCGCCGAGGCCAACCUCAUGGACAUCAACGGCUGCGCCGCCAUCCAGUACGUGCUGAAGGUCACCUCCGUGCGACCUGCGGCCCGGCCUGAGGUCUGCUACCAGUUGCUGUUGAACCACGGGGCGGCCAGGAUCUACCCGCCACAGUUCCACAAGGUGAUCCAGGCUUGCCAUUCUUGUCCCAAAGCGAUUGAAGUUGUAGUCAAUGCCUAUGAACACAUCAGAUGGAACAUAAAGUGGAGAAGAGCUAUCCCUGAUGAUGACUUGGAGAAAUACUGGGAUUUUUACCACUCUCUCUUCAUGGUGUGCUGUAAUACUCCAAGGACCCUCAUGCAUUUGUCGAGAUGCGCCAUUCGAAAAGCGUUACACAACAGAUGCCACAAGGCAAUUCCUUUACUUUCCCUCCCAUUGUCAUUGAAAAAGUACUUGCUUUUAGAGCCAGAGGGAAUCAUUUAUUAA